AUGCAGGGCCGAAAACGUCGUUGCGACCGCCAAUAUCCAUGCAACCACUGUACCCGCCGUCGCCGACCUGAAGAGUGUGUCUACGGUUCUCCACCGGUGAAUGGACCCUCCUGUCCGUCACUCCCUGCAGAUCAGCCGGAGACCCAACCACCUCGACCAGUAGAGAGUGCACGGCCCAUGCGGGAAACAGCCGAGGAUGACUCUGAAGCUCACUGGUCUAGAGAGCAUUCUGCCCUGGCUCGAUCAUUUGGUUAUUUCGAGGAUAGCAACUCCAACACAAUGGCUUUGCUCCGACAGCUGGAAUUGCCUGAUCAAACUGAUACACAGCUAAACAAUGCCUCACCCUCUACUUGGGACACUAUUCAAUGUGAGCUUGAUCUCAUGCCUGACCGCCAAAUUGUCGACUUUCUUGUCCAAUAUUUCGUCUAUGAAUUGAAUUGGAUGAAGCAAGUCAUCCAUGCCCCCAGCUUCUUGGCGAGUUAUCAGCUGUGGUGGGCAAAGAAUAAAAUAACAGAGGUUGCCGACGUCGAGUUUGCAGCUCUAAUUACUCGCAUUUGUUCUUAUGCGACACAAUUUCUACCUUCCCCAUCUCACACCGUUGAUCAAAUUCGUGGUCGGUCACUAGCCGAUAUUCGUGAUACGUGCAGUAAUAUUGGAAACAACCUUGCUACAGCAUGUGAAAUUCUUGACUGGAAAGGCACUUUAGUACGUGUUCAGCACAUCAUUUUUGCUGCAUUGAAAGUCUCAUGUGAAGGGAGGACUAGCCAAUUUUGGGAGGGCAUAGGCUCUGCAUGUCGAGCAGCUCAAAAGGCUGGCAUCCACACGGAUACUACCAGUUUGAUGGGAUCUCAGCUUCCCAAAGAUAGUGCCCAGGAGUUAAAUAGAGAUAUUCAGCGGAGGACAUUCUGCAGCCUCUAUGUUUUGGACAGUCAUUUGUCCAGACAACUAGAUCGGAUCCCCUUCCUACCAGAUCACUUGGUCGAGGAAACACUACCUCGGCUACGUUUGAUCCCAGACAUUAGCAAUAUACCGACAGAAACGGCUACCACCGCGCCCGACAUCUUCACCGAACGUCUCAUGCAAGUUCGGCUUGGGUUGUUUUGGCGGGGCCUUGGCUUACAGCGUACCUCCGAGUUUGACCCGACCGAAAGUGAGCGGAGAUAUGAGAAGCUCAACUCCGAGUAUCUCGCCAACUUACACCCGGCCUUCGCUAUAGCCCACCCAGACACGACUUUGGAUAAGGCUAUUCCAAAGCUACCUAUGCAAAGACAACUUCUACAUAUCGCGAUCUUCGACUCAAUUUGUUGGAACUUUCGGCCUCUCCUGCUGCUCAAGCCAAACCAAGUCGCAAGCUUAGCCCCUUACAAAAGGGUUCUUCUCCGGUCGCAGAAACAGAGGCUUGGUAUGGCUGCACUGAAAGUGCUCGAAGCUGUUGCAACCCUUCAUGCAAUGUUUGGGGGGUCGUAUACGCGCUUUUCUGCGAUUAUCUUCAACUCUUUUGAGCCUGCCAUUCUCCUGCUUAAUCUUUGUUCCAAUGCAGAUUUCCCAUUUGAUCAAGACGAUCAUAGUACAGAUCUUAUGGGAAUCAAAGUCAGAAUGACAUACCGAAUAGCAAUGCAGGCGGUAGAGCAGGCUAUUCGUCGUCUUCAAAUGUUAGCUGACCUAAGUGACAUGGCUGCGUCUGGAGCCCGCGUGGCUACUCUGCUUUUUGCUAGAUGUGUGCAACCCAAGCAAUCACCUAGUCCACUCGCGCUCACAUCGUCUGGCUCUGGCUCUUUGGGGUCAACCCAGGUCCCGACUCCGAUCGAAAGGUAUGGCGAACAGGAAAAAUGGCCGUCGUUGGAAGCAGUGGAUCAUUAUUUAAUGCCUGAUAACUUUUCUUCAAUGGCGCAAGAACACUCUUUUCCGAGUCCCCAGCUUUCCUCGUUGGAAUUCCCCACUCUCUGGGGGAAGCAUUCUUCUAGUGUUGUCUUUAACGAGCCAUAA